AUGUGCGCCUGUCUGCUGUUUCGCGCAGAGGCAUCUCGCACGGCGCCGCCGCCCACCGACCCGCCCGCCCCCGCCACCACUACCGUCACCACUACCACGCCCGUGCCCGCGGGCGGCGUGCUAGGGCUGAUCGCCCCGCAGAGCAGCACGGGCGCGGGCACAGGGUCCGGCCGCCCCGAGCCGUCGUCGCUGUCCGCGCUGCUGGUGCCCGGUGGGCAGCAGCCGCAGUUCCGCGCGCCUUCGGGCAAGCCCACCAUCACCAAGGUGGUGCUUCCCACGCAGCAACAGCAGCAGGCGGCAGGACCUCAAGCUGAGCUCCGCAGCGGCCCCGCCGACGAUUCGGCCGCCCCACGCUCCUCGGACCUGCACGCUAACUCCUCCUCCAUGGACUGGUACUUCCAGAACUACAAUCGCACCAACCUGGAGCCUUUCGUGGGCCCCGUGCGCGAGGCGCCGCCCACGCACACGCCCCAAGAUCCCGCGCGGAGCGCGCAACCCCGCGGGGCCACCAUCGCGCCGAUCGCAGCGCUCCUGCUGGCGAUGCACUUAGUUACCUGCGCCCGCUACGCGACCUAA